GUCACGCUCGAUUCCAAACCAGCUAAGCCCUUCUCUCUCAGUUCGAGAAAGUGCAACAUAAUCCCUCCAACCUAUAAAGAAAACCAACCACACCCUUAAUCCUUCGCAGUAAAAAAACAACUUCUUCCUUCCCUCAUCUCUCUCCCUCUAUUCUCUCCCUCUCUUCUCUUCUCUUCUCUUCUCUUCUCUUCUUUCCUUCGAUCAUCAUGCAAUCAUCGUAACAACGAUACCCUUUUCUGUUUUUUCUCUUUUCUCUUCAUCCAUGUCUUACACUUACACAUCCUCCUCCUAUCCUAUCACAUAAACAUAUAUAUAAAUACAAACACACGUAAGUAAGGAGAGAGAGAGAGAGAGAGAGAGAGAAAACACAAGCAAACUUGCAUAUAUGGCUACUAGUACUAGAGCUAGUAGUAGUUUUUUCCUUCCAAAGUUCUUUAGAGCACUUCUUCUUUGUGUUCUUCUUUUGGUAAGCUUGGGCAGUGGUGAAGGAUCAAGACAACCAGCGACACAAUGGUCUGAAGAAAGGGUCAAGCAUGGGAGGGUGGUUGCUAAAGAUAUGCCUGUCGAUCGUGCAGAAUUGGACUUCAAUUACAUGAGCAAAAGAAGAGUUCCCAAUGGACCAGAUCCUAUUCACAACAGGAGAGCUGGAAAUUCUGGUCGACCACCUGGGCAAGCAUAGGAGCAUGGGAACAAGACAACCUUUGCAGAAGAAGAAGAGAGAAUAUGUUAAUUAAGCCAUGUAGUUGUGAGAAGUGAGAGUAUAUAAAUCCCUGACCCUGAGCUUCUUAGAAUUGUAGCUUGCAAGCGGAAAUUAAUUUGUUAUGGAAAGAGUUGUUUGUGGCCUAAAGAGAAAGGAAAUUUAGUGAGUGUUUUUGUGUUUUCAAGUUUAGGGUCACAAAUUUCAAUGGAAUUGAGAUCAGUGCUUGCAUGUAAAGCAAUUAACGUACCUUUAAAGUUCAAAAGCCAGAAAGAUGUUGUAGCAACAGCAACAGCAUAAGCCAUGCAUGCUUUUGGAGGACUAUAUAUGUUAGGGGAAAAAACAAAGACUCUUCGCUUUGGCUUUGGCUUUGGCUUUGGUUUGAACACUACUGAGUUUGGUGAUUUCUGUUUUUUUUUUUCUUUUUAUUAUUAUUUAUUGUAAAGAUUAGCCAUGAGUUCCUAAAGUAAAAGUAAAUUCCACCAUUUAAAGGUGUUGGCGCACCUGUAAAA